AUGACGAGCAUCAUCGUCGUUGAGGUGGUGGUCGGCAACAGAAGGCAGACACGAAGUAGUCGGAGACGGUUGUUCGGUUCGCCAGCGACGGAACCGAGGAACCUCGCGACGCGUCGGUCAAAGGGCGAUGAUUAUCCGUAUCGAGAAUUUCGACACAUUGUGAUAUUAUUUCGAACAGCUAUACUACGCGGAGUGGGAGAUCGCAGCCAUUUAUUACGAUUGUCAGGAAUAUUUAAAUUGGCUGAACACACGGACGAUAGGAUAAUAUUAUUACCGUAUUUAGAGAUGAAAUAAAUAAGAAAGAGAGACUAAAAAUAUGCAUUGAAACAAAUAUAAUUAAUCAAAGAAUUAUCUCAAUCUCCCCUCCAAAAAAAAAAAAAAAAA